AUGCCAUGGACUUGUGCUGUGCCGAAUUGUAGGACAAAUAAAGAUAAACGUAAUGAAAAAGUAUCUGUUUUCAUAGUGAAAAAUGAAAAUUUUGGUGCAAAAUGGGCAGCAUUGAUUCCCGGAAUAGAACGUUUGCGAACGGGUCAGCGAAUAUGCGAAAAACAUUUUGAAGAACGUUACAUAAUUAGGGAAUAUAUCAAGUACGAUAAUAAUGGGAAAAUUAUAGCCCAGGUACCAUUAAAACGUACGCGUUUACGACCAGGAGCUGUACCUACAAUAUUUGAUGGAUAUCCAUUGCAAUCUCGAUCGAGAUCAAGAAGCCCACAACAAGACAUACAAGACGUAAUAAGACACACAAUGAGGAAAUACGCCAGAUUUUAUACAGACCAUACAUAUGCAGUACAAGAACCAGCAAAAUGUUCAAAGUCAACAGCUAAAGAGGAAGUAACCGCAAGUAGUACAGCAAAAUGUUCCGAGUCAACAAUUAGGGAACAAGAAGUGAUUGCAAGUAAUAGAGCAAAGUAUUCAAAGUCAACAAUUAAAGAAGAAGAAGUAAGUGCAAAUAGUACAAUAAAGUAUCCAAGGACAACAACCAUAGAAGAAGGAGGAGAAAAUGAAGUUCAGGAAAUAUUACAGCUUAAGUCAAUAAAGCAGGAUGAAUUUGUGAACAACGACAUAGAACGAUGCGUACAUCAAAAUAAUGAAUGUUCUGCUAUUGUCUCUCUGGACUUUGAUAGCAGUGUUCUUUCUCAUUAUUCUAUUAAUUCAAAUAUAAUGUCUUCUGUGAAAUCGGAUGUAAAUAUUGAUUGUUCUAUAAACAAUACCAUGCGACCUGAAUCAUUUGUGACAGUUACCAAAGCAGAAGAUAACUUGAAAAUGCUUCAUUUUACAAGUUCUGGAUUUCCGUUUACUACAGUAAUGUUUGACUCUAUUGGUUUCAACUUUGAAUCUCAACAAGACGAUACUUUUGAGAAUAAUGCAUCUUUGAAAAUACCGAAACCAUGGAUCGUCGGCAACUCUAAAGUUGGCGAUGAAGAAGCUCUCUUAUUUACAUAUGCUAUAAGAGUGAAUGAUUGUGGAAAAGAAAAACAUAUUUUUGCAAAAUCUGUUUUAGUCACAGGUUCUAGAAAAAUAAUUUACGAAAUAUACAUGACACCCGUUGAUGUAAUAGCUGCAAAACUUCCACGAAUAUUAACUAAAAUCACUAUGCUACCAGAAAUUUUGAAAAAAUUUAAAGAUUUACGCACAUGUAAAGGAAUAACGUCCACUGGUUUGGAUACAAUCCGUGCAAACACUGCUCUAAAAAAUUGUAUUGGUACGGAUUGGCGUCAUGCAGACUGCUCUAUAUUAUCUAUCAUGAGUGAAAGAUGUAAUUCAUGCAAAAAAUAUUCUAAUACCUUAUCACAAAAGAUUAGAAGAAUGAAAAAAAGAACGGUUAUUAAACGAGUCACAACUUCUUUGAACCCAUUUGAUGAAAUGAAAUUGAAAACUAUGCGAGAAAAAAUCAAAUAUAAAGAUGCUAGGGUUAAUCGAAUGAAAGAUAAACUGAAGCGUACCACAGACCUGAUCGUAAAUCAACAGAAGAAAGCAUGUAUGAUAUGUAUGACAGAUAAUGACUUGGAUAAAAUUUCAAAAAAUCAAAAAUUAGUUAUCCAAGAAAUAGUUUCGGCUGCGAGAACAAAGGAUCCAAAAGGCCGCCGUUAUACGGAUGAGUUUAUAAUGAUGUGUAUGCUAAUGAAUAUCAAAUCUCAGAGUUACUAUGAAUUCUUGAGGAAGAACGAGAUCAUUCCAUUGCCUUGUGCAAGGACCAUUCGAGAUUAUAUGUCUCAAAUGGGUACAAAGCGUGGAUUUGAUGAAAAAUUUGUUAAACUAUUAAAAGAAUCACAGUGUCCCGAUCCUUGAUGAGAUCAAUUUGAAGAAGUCUAUUGCUGUGAAUCCAGAGACGUUGACUUACAUAAGCUUAACAGACUUUGACUACUUGAUGACACUCCAAAGUUCAAAUAUCAGGGACUUGGCAACCCAAGGUUUUGUGUACAGU